GGGAAACGGUCGCGUAGCGAUGACGUCGCGGGGGCCUGGCCGGGCGUCGGGGACUCAGGAGAUGGAGGAAAAGGAGAUAUUACGGCGGCAGAUCCGCCUCCUGCAGGGUCUGAUCGAUGACUACAAAACCCUCCAUGGCAAUGCCCCAGCCCCAGGCACGCCAGCAGCUUCCCAGUGGCAGCCACCCACUUACCACAGUGGCAGGGCCUUCAGUGCCCGCUACCCUCGUCCAAGCCGGAGGGGCUACUCCUCACACCAUGGCACUUCGUGGCGCAAGAAAUACUCCCUUGUGAAUCGGCCUCUGGGACCCUCAGACCCACCUGGCGACCAUGCUGUGCAGCCAUUGCACGGGGCUAGGGGUGGCCAGGCUCCUGACCCACAGCAGCAUGUCCUUGAGAGACAGGUCCGGCUCAGUCAAGGUCAGAACAUGGUCAUCAAAAUUAAACCUCCAUCAAAGUCUGGCUCUGCCAAGGCCUCAGGGGCCCAGCGGGGCUCUUUGGAAGAAUAUGAGGACACCUCCUGGAGUGACCAAAGGCCCCAGGAAGGUGAAGGUGAGCCCCCUGGGGGACAGCUGCAGCCCUCAAGACCAGCAAGAGCCAGGGGCACCUGCAGUGUGGAAGAUCCUCUUCUGGUCUGCCAGAAGGAGCCUGGUAAGCCCAGGGUGGUGAAGUCUGUGGGCAACGUAGGCGACAGCCCCCUGGAGCCCCGCCGGACUGCCAGUGAGAGUGUGAUUGCUGUCAAGGCCAGCUUCCCAUCCUCUACUCUGCCCCCACGCACUGGCAUGGCCCUCGGCCGGAAGGUGGGUUCUCAUUCUGUGGCCAGCCGUGCUACACAGCUCCUCGGGGAUGGGAGAGUAGAUGCUGGCCCUGCAGAUCAGCCAGUUCCGUCUGGCUCAGUGGUGGGUCCAGCCAGACCGGCCUCGGGACCCAGGCAGGCCCGGGAGGCCUCGCCGCUGGUGUCCUGUCGAACUAACAAGUUCCGGAAAAACAACUACAAAUGGGUGGCCGCCUCCGCGAAGAGUCCUCGGGCCGCUCGGAGGGUGCUCAGUCCCAGAGUGGCUGCAGAGAACGUGUGCAAGGCUGCAGCCGGCGUGGCAGGCAAGGUGGAGAAGCCACAGCUCAGAGCUGACCCAGAGCUCAAGCCCAGGAAGGCAGCCACAUCCUCCCAGCCAGGGUCUGCCCCCAGCAAGUACAAGUGGAAGGCAUCCAGCCCUUCUGCCUCCUCCUCUUCCUCCUUCCGUUGGCAGUCGGAGGCUAGCAGCAAGGAACGUGCCUCCCAGCUCUCCCCGGUCCUGUCUAGGUCCCCAUCAGGGGACGGACCAGCAGUAGGACCCAGUGGCUUGAAGCCCCUCUCUGGGGAGACCUCACCCUCAGCUUACAAAGUGAAGAGCCGCACCAAGAUCGUCCGGAGGCGGGGCAGUACCAGCCUUCCUGGAGACAAGAAAAGCAGCCCCUCACUUGCCACCACCGCCAAGAGCCACCUCAGCCUCCGGCGGAGACAGGCCCUCCGGGGGAAGAGCAGCCCCGUCCUGAAGAAGACCCCCAACAAGGGCCUGGUACAGGUCACCACACACCGGCUGUGCCGCCUGCCCCUGAGCCGGGCCCACCUCCCCACCAAGGAAGCAUCCAGCCUGCAUGCCCUGCGGACCCCACCCACGAGCAAGGUGAUCAAGACCCGCUACCGCAUCGUCAAGAAGACCCCGGCCUCAUCUCUCGGCGCCCCGCCCUUCCCCCUGUCUCUGCCCUCCUGGCGGGCCCGGCGGCUCUCACUGUCCAGGUCCCUGGUGCUGAACCGCCUGCGUCCAGUUGCCAGCGGGGGUGGGAAAGCACAACCAGGCUCCCCUCGGUGGCGGAGCAGAGGCUACCGCUGCAUCGGAGGGGUCCUCUACAAAGUGUCUGCCAACAAGCUCUCCAAGACCUCCGGCCAGCCUGGUGAUGCCGGCAGCAGGCCCCUCCUCCGCACAGGCCGACUGGACCCUGCAGGCAGCUGUAGCCGUUCCCUGGCCAGCCGGGCCGUGCAGCGCAGCCUGGCCAUCAUCCGCCAGGCGCGGCAGCGGAGGGAGAAGAAGAAGGAGUUCUGCAUGUACUACAACCGCUUCGGCAGGUGCAACCGCGGCGAGCGCUGCCCCUACAUCCACGACCCUGAGAAGGUGGCCGUGUGCACCAGGUUUGUCCGGGGCACCUGCAAGAAGACGGAUGGGACCUGCCCCUUCUCACACCAUGUGUCCAAGGAGAAGAUGCCAGUGUGCUCGUACUUUCUGAAGGGCAUCUGCAGCAACAGCAACUGCCCCUACAGCCACGUGUAUGUGUCCCGCAAGGCCGAGGUCUGCAGCGACUUCCUCAAAGGCUACUGCCCCCUGGGUGCAAAGUGCAAGAAGAAACACACACUGGUGUGCCCCGACUUCGCCCGCAGGGGGUCGUGUCCCCGGGGCACCCAGUGCCAGUUGCUCCACCGCAGCCAGAAACGCCACAGCCGGCGGGCAGCCACGUCCCCCGCCCCAGGACCCAGCGACCCUGCUGCCAGGAGCAGAGCCUCGGCCAGCCACGGGCCCAGGAAGCCCUUGGCAGCCCAGCGCCCCACCAGGCAGACGCCCAGCUCUUCUGCCCUCACUGGGACUGCCCUGGCUGCGCCUCCCCACUCCCCAGGGGUGUCGGCCUCUCCCUCAUCCUCCAAGGCUUCCUCCUCCUCUUCUCCUUCCUCCUCUUCCUCCUCCCCCUCCUCCCUGUCCCCUGUCAAUUCCUUGGACCAGGAGGCCCCGUCUGUCCAGGAGGCCGCCUCAGCGGUGGCGCGCUCCAGCAGGCUCUGCAAGCUGCCUUCUUUCAUCUCCCUGCAGUCCUCGCCGAGCCCAGGAGGCCAGCCCAGGGCCCGGGCCCCCAGGGCCCCCCUGACCAAGGACUCAGGGAAGCCUCUGCACAUCAAACCACGUUUGUGAGGACCCCAGGAACCGGCCUGCACCUACCUCAGACCCCCGUCCUUGGAGAGGAAAGAGGCUGUGUCUGCCACUUUGCCCCAGAGGAGGGCCGCCCAUCACCACGCCCCACCUGGGGCCACAGGGACACUGUUCUGCCUGCCUGGAAACUUCCAUGACCAGUGUGUGCCCAGGGCCUGGCCCCUGUCCCCACCCAUCGCCCUCCAGGGUGCCAGGCAGGGGUGGCCUCCAGGCCUGUUCCCCACAGCCAUUGGCAGCAGUGGCCCUGCAGCCCCCCAGCCCUCUCCACCCAGGUCUUGAGCCCAGUGAAGAGGCCACUGGCCAGGCCUCCCAGGCAGGUGUUUUAUGUUCAGCAAUAAAGGUUCUGUCC